ACGUCAGCGUAACGCGACUCUCGCAUGUCGAACUGAAACAGUAGCCGCCGCCUUUUCCACACGACAAUGCGCGACGGGGUUUAGUAACACCCCGGCAAAAAAUGGAGGAUUCAGAUGCAACCAAGGGGGAACAUUCCAGAUCAGAUGUCCGUCCGACGUUGGAAACGCUCUUUUGGGGUCGAGUGAACCCUGUCAGGGCUUCUCCAUGUCAUCUCGGGAGGAGAGAGGACCGGACUGUGCGGGUAGGAGUGAAGACGGCACACGUCCGACUGUGGCGGCAGGGCCAGGUGAGGCGGUGUCGGUGACUGUGAAACCCGGACGUUUGAACCCCACCUGUGUAGCCAGGGAGUCGAGGGACCUGUGUGCACCUUAUAUGUACCUGGCAGCCCCUGGUCACCGGAAAUUAUGUUCAUAACAGUAAGGUACGGAGAAAACAAGUCGGAGAUAUUCAACCCCAAAUGCCGAGUCUUGCUCCUGCUGAAGGCGAUCAGGGACAAAUGUGGCUGUGAACAUGGAGACACGAUCGACCUCGCUGACGAGACGGGAGAAGUGAUGGAGCUGUCCACUCACCCCGGGGACUACGCCUCCAACUACCUGCACGCGCGCGCCACCUUCAUCCUCAUCAAAGUAGAAAAAGAGUGUGAAGGGGGCGAGGAGGACGUUCGGUACCUGCCACUGUUCAAGGGAACAGGUCUGAGCAAGAGCUUUCACGCACGUUUGAACAGACGCAGAAGCCGGAUUUCCGACCUGGUUGACGUCGUGACGGACCGGCGGACCAGCCACAGCAGUCGGCUUCUCUCCCGGGCGUCAAGCAGACGUCUGUCCGUACCCAUCCUCAAGUCUACACCCAAGUCGCCGAACAAGGGCGCCUCCCAGCGGGCGGGAGGCGCAACUACAGGCGUGAAAAGAGAUUUGGUAACGGGGCUGAAGAAAAGUUCUUAACAGGCGUAGCUUGUAGGAAAACCAUCGAAUUUGUUUUUUUCAUUUCAAGAUAUCUAUACACUCCCAUUCUGUUGUUAAAUUCGUACAUCUGAUAGCUUAAAAAGCAGCUAGUCUGCUUGACGUUAACAUUUACAUUGCAGCUAUGAUCACAGUAAGCGUUAAUAGUGCAGUAUAGUGCAAUUGUACUUAAGCAUUAAUAUUAGCAAAUUUUCUACUUGUUUCUCGUUCAUGAUGUGCGAAUAGAAUCUGAAUUAAACUACAAGAACGCCCUUGGCCGGUCGUCAACUAUAAAAUGUAUAUCGUAUUGAUCUCGAACUAUUAUUGUAUCUAACUUAGUCUUCUAAGAGUAUUUUUCAU